AUGCCUCACCUCCAGCAUCUAGUCAACGUCGCGGUUUCCAUAUUUCCUCUUUCGCUGGUCGUCUUCAUCUAUGAGCGUGCCUUGGUGCCCAUCUACAGUUCCGUGCCGACAAACCAUCUCUUGGACAAGAUACUAGUAGCAGCGCUCGUCAUCUCAGCUGUCCAGCCUUUUACCUUUUCACUCAGCCAGAAGGCUUUGUUCUCUGUGCUACUAUUCGCAGCAGCACCAAAUGCCACGUACUGGGUAGCCGUUUGGUCGGCCAGGAAUCGAGAUCCAGUGUGGGGACCAGCAGUUACUCAUGUCUUGGUGCUCGUUCCAAUGGUCGUUGCUCUUUCGAGUUUUAUGGUUGGGAGCGGCAGGAAGUCGCCACGCAUAUUGAGGAUGCUGUCCCACUCGGUUCAAACAGUGGUUAUACCUUCAAUUGCCCUCAAGAUUAUGAAGAAAUUUUGGUCGCAAAUCAGUGCUUUGAACGCGUUCUCCGAAAGUUUCAUUUUUCUAGCGCUUUCCUUCUUCUUCUUGUGUCUUUCAAUUAUUCAAAUGGAUGUAUCGCCUACCCCUUCUCCCAAAACCUCCUCCAAAAAGCAACACCGAAAGUCUGCAACCUCAUUCACUCCGAUACAGAUUAAGUCCAUCGUUCUCUCGCUGGCCGCCGCUCUUUCCUACUCAGUUUAUCCAAAUCUAUAUUCUCCGGUGCUUCCUCAUCCUCUACGACAGACAUAUACACAUCCUAGUUAUCCAAUGCAGAUACACUCCUCUGUUCAAUCAACCACAGGCUUAAUUGUGGUUGGACAAGCGCUUUCUCUAUCUAGUGACCCAGAUCAUCCCGACAACAAGAUGUCGCACGUUCGCUAUCUUCGUGCCGCUCAUUCAUUCCUUGGGGGUGUGUGGAUGGGACCCAAGAUUAUGACCCUAGAAGGCGCUCCCCCUCUACUUGAUUCUCAUAAUCAUCGUUUGGGCGACUCUAUCUAUGGCGUUUUCAUUCUUCAGGAAGCUGCUCGAUUGGUAAAUAGCACGGCCAAAAAUGACUGGAAGAACGCAUUGGUAAUUGGUCUAGGAGCUGGUAUCUCCGCUACAUCUUUUCACCGACAUAACAUGUCUCUAACCAUCGUGGAGAUCGAUCCAGCUGUGUAUGAUGCUGCUAGGGAAUGGUUCGGCCUUCCCGAUCCUGGUCCUGGGAAAGUGUACUUGGAAGAUGCGAGAACCUGGGCUGCUCGCAAGCGUGCUAGUGUGGAUGCUGGAGUUCAAGAGACUCUAUACGACAUUGUGGUCCAUGACUGCUUCUCCGGAGAAGUACCUAUCCAUCCUGAUGGUGUUUUAGCUGUUAAUUUCGUUGGGCAUGUUAAGUCCGAACCUAUGCGAAUGAUUUCGUAUACCUUGUCCAAAGCCUUUGGACGGUGCCGAGCGUUCCACGAUGUCGUUAUGGCUGAUCUUCCCGAAGAUCAGUACGAGAAAGAAUAUAUCAACGUUGUAUUCUUCUGUACUAUGUCCCCAGGUCCUUUGACUUUCAGAGCCGCUACAAGCGACGAUUUUCUAGGCUCGCCGCUCCGUCGCUACAUCCUGUCUACUCUUAACGCCCGCGAGAUAAACUUGAACGUCAUCAAAAAAGGGAUUACUGCGGAGGAAGAAGAAAAGUAUAUUUUGACCGAUGAAAACAACCCACUCGGACGCCUUCAAGAGGCACAAGGGCAUCAUCACUGGACUUUGAUGAGGGAAGUAUUGCCUGAUAUAUUUUGGGAGACAUAUUAGUUGAAUGUCAUAUACCUUACUGCUACGUAGGAUUUUGAAUUGUAUCACCAGUUGCACGGUCAGACGUCUAUAAAUAUUGUCUUUGAUGCAAUAAACGGUGUCUCCUAACUUGGAUUCCGUU